AUGAUAGACAUGCAUUCCUAUAUCAAUGAAGUAGCCACUGGGUUGGAAAUGAUUCGAGACGUUGCACGUGAGCAAAAUCAAAAAGUUCGCGAACGCAUGAAACAAUACUACGACAAGGCCAUCGAACGCGUGGAUCAGAUACUAAGAGAAUACAAUGAUUCGCCGGCAAAUCCCACAAUCGUAGCUCUGCCACUGUCGUUCCUUCGAGCGGAGAAGGACCUUGAAGAAGGCGACAAAGUCAGAAUUAUGGUAUAUUCCACGUUGGACGGACUCGCUUCACAAUGCAACGCUCAGUCGAUCUCUGCUGCUAUUGUGUUGGUCUGGCCAGACAGCAUGCCGGCCACUCUCCACCUCAACCACGCCAUGCACGCGUUGGAUCGUCACUUGCAAGGUGGAGGAACAUUGAACAUGUACCCCCCGCCGUAUGAGGAACGCCGUAGCGAGAUGUGGCAUGCCGUAAAGAAGGUUUGUGCAGAAGUCGUGGAGGUGCUUACCGGACCCGCUAGAGGAUUCGAUGCACGUGUAGUCGAUGCGUAUGGAACGAUCGACAUGACGGUGCCAUUGGGACACCCUGCUACGAGCCUCGGAAUCAGCCCAAGACGUGGUGAUGACAGAUUCCAUCCAUGGCAGUGUGCGGUAUUCCUGAAUCAAGAUCCCAAAGAAUUUCGCAAUGCUCUUCCGCCGCUCGCAUGCAAGUGA